CUCGCCGCGGGCGCCGGGCUCGCUGGCCGCCGCCGCCUCCCCACCAUGCCGCGGGUUGUCCCGGACCAGCGCAGCAAGUUCGAGAACGAGGAGUUCUUCAGGAAGCUGAGCCGCGAGUGUGAGAUUAAAUACACUGGCUUCAGGGAUCGACCGCAUGAAGAAAGGCAGGCCAGGUUUCAAAAUGCUUGCCGGGAUGGACGGUCUGAGAUAGCUUUUGUGGCCACAGGAACCAAUCUGUCUCUCCAGUUUUUUCCGGCCAGCUGGCAGGGUGAGCAGCGGCAGACACCAACCCGAGAAUACGUUGACUUUGAAAGAGAGGGAGGCAAGGUCUACUUAAAAGCGCCUAUGAUUCUUAAUGGUGUUUGUGUUAUUUGGAAAGGCUGGAUAGAUCUUCAAAGACUAGAUGGCAUGGGCUGCCUAGAAUUUGAUGAAGAUCGGGCACAGCAGGAAGAUGCAUUGGCACAACAGGCUUUUGAAGAAGCUCGGAGAAGAACUCGUGAAUUUGAAGACAGAGACAGGUCUCAUCGGGAGGAAAUGGAGGUGAGAGUUUCACAGCUGCUGUCAGUUACUGGCAAGAAGACAACAAGACCCUAGCCCUGGGUCAAACCUAGGCAGUGGCGAUGAUCUUAAACUGCGUUAAGAGAAGCAACUGCUGUGCCAUGUGUGUGCUUUUUAAACUUGGCAAACGAUGGAAUUAAAAGACCAGAAACUGUGAUAACUGGGUAUAUACUAUAGUCUAUUCCCUGACCUGUGGCAGCCAAACUAUCAUGUCCUGCCGUGGUUUGCACUAUGUUUGUGUUGCAUUACCUGCAUUUCUGUUCUUUAAGCAUGUCACCAAUGGGAAUCUGAAAUUCUUGUUUUUCUAUGCAAGCUUAUAAUUCUGUUGGCACUAUUUUAGCAAGGAAAGUUACUUUUAUGCAGCUAUAAAAACAGUUCCUCAACUGGUAAUAUUUGUUCAUUUCAGAAUAGGUCAAAACAUUGCAGAAUAAAGUUUUUUGUGACUUCUUUAAAAAUCAAAACUUUCUAAAACUAAUUUUUAUAUGGGAUUUUUUCGAGGGUUAGUUUGUCAUUGUGUUCUUGUGUUUUAGACAUGCAGUCUUUGUGGUUUUGUCUUUUUUUGCACUUUCUUUUUUCUCUAAACUUGCAACACAUUUUAUCUUUCUUGCAUUAUGCAACCAAAAAAAAAUAACAGUGUUUUCAAUUGAUUUAUUGAAUUACAUGUUUUGUUUUUAAGAACUGCAAUAUCCCAUGGUAUUGUUUUGCAUUUAAGUUAUGUUUCUGAUAGCAAAAUAUCUAAAGAGAUUUUACUCUGUCAGCACAUGGUUGUAGAUUCUGUUCUGCAAUUACUAGUUGGCAGUUGAUAUCCCCCUUAUUGAAAGUCAUUGCAGACUCACUUUGAUUUUAUUCAAGGACUGUGUAAAAAAAAAGAUCUAAAACAGAACACCAAACCAUUGUGGGUAAGUUUAACAGUAGGCUGUUAACAGCAGGCUAGGAAGAGUAUAAUAGUGUUACUUUUAAUACAAUUAUAUUGAAAAUAACUGCUUCAGUUGUUAAAAUAAGAACAGGAUAUAAUAACAACUAGAAAUAUGAAUUGAAACAUUUGAAUUGCAUUCAGAAAGUCUCGUCCUGGCUGAAAGAUACCUUGAUGUUUUUAUUAAUUAACAAUUUUGUUACAAUAUUUUCCAAUAGGGUAAGAUCUGGGGUAAAAUAAAUAGUCAUUGUUGAGUUUUGCAGAUUAUUCCCUGCUUUCUUGGCUCUAUUAUUCUAUACAGUACCCUUUGCUGUGUGUUGUAUACAAUAGUUCUUGUGCAGUUUAUUUUGGGGAGGAAAUAUUUUUUAGUGAUCAGUUUGAGACUUUUAAAGUGCAGUGUUCAUUUUCUAUUUUUGUAUGACUCAGUAUGGCCAUCUGCUGGGGUGGGGGGAGACUUGCCUCCCCCUCCCCACCCAGAUCGAGCUGUAAUCCUUAGAAUCCCUACUUGGAUUUAAUACAAAAAGUAUGUAUGAGCCAAAAUGUGCAGGCACUAUUCUGUCUAUUUGUAUUAUGAGAAACUAGCCUCCCAUCUUUCAGUGUUUUUAACCAAUGAAUAAAGUCAUUGCUCUGGUUAAUAUUUUGGAAAGCAGGGUUAGCUAUAUAUACAAAAAAGGCCACAGUGACACACCCAUUAUCUGGAGAAGGAACUUGAAAGUCAGUUUGGGGGUGGGGUGCCUUCCCUUCUGGCGGAGUGACUGCUGCCCCAUAGCAAAACAUUUAGAAAGCCAGGAUUUUAGUUUGUCUGUGAAUGGUCAUAGUAUGUCUCCCAAAAAUAAAAUGUAGUAAUUCAUGGUCUGUCUAAUUCAGAUCUUACUUCAUAUCCAAAAGAGGUGAUGUUUUCUUUUUGAGUCUGUAAACACAGUAACUCAGUAGUGUAUGACAACUCUGCAAGAAAACACAUUGGGGAAUUUGAUUAUAGCAGCAGUGGGGAAGGGGAGAUUGCUUUCCCACCUGUGGGAAGAAAAUGGGAUUGAUUCAGGUGGGGAGUUUGCUUGCAAAAAUAGUUCAAAAGGGAAAUGUUGAUCUUGCAUCACUCAAUACCACUGCUGGCAAUCAACUUUGCACCACCACCCGCCCCACAUUUCCUAAAUUAGCAUUCCCAACCUGGUGCCCUUUGGCUUUCUUGGACUUCAGCUUCCAGCAACUACAGCUAGCAUGGUCAAUGAUCAAGAAAGCAGAGGAUUACAGUUCAAAACAUCUAGAGGGCAUGGUGCAGGAAGGCAGCUUUCAAACAAACCAACGCUGAAGCAGCCAUGUAUAGUUUGAGCCUCCAAUUUGUUGAACUGUGCUUCAAAAUGCUGCAGUAGAAGUUAUUACCACCACCCCACCUGGUCAUUUUGUCUAUGGCUAGUUUGAUUUUCCAGCAAAUAUACCCAUGUACAUUGAUGAUGCAGAAUACCAAAACAACUUGAAGAAAUUAAGAAUGUUUGUUCAAUAUGAUUUUUUAUGCAUUUAAAUUUCUAUUUACAUAUUUUGUAUUUAUAUACUCCAUCCUCCUGAAAUAUUCCUGCAGAUGCCAAUGUGACUAAGGUGCAUUAUUCCUAAUUAAUGUUAAUAGUUGAACUAAAAACAAUUACAAAUACUUUUACAUUUUUUAAAUAGUUGAUGAAACGUCUGCAAAUGACAACCCUGAAUCAUCUGUAUAAUCUAGUGGUUGUUUAUUGGUAUUGUUACCAAAUAGGUUGUUACCAAAUAGGUUGCUGUCACAUUUCAUGUUUUAAAUUUUAAUAUUCUUUCUGUGCAUGUCUUCCUUCUUUAGUUAAGAAAUGGUCCAAAAAGUUUUCCUGUUGCUUACCUGUUCUAACCUGGGGUGUUCUUGUAUUCCCUUGUAUUCUGAAAGAGUGUGGUGUUACCUGAUAGUUUUAUGCCUACAACACCCUUCAGCCCUCCCCAUUGGCUAUGCUGGCUAGGGCUGAUGGGAAUUUCUAGGACAAAACAUCUGGAGGACAACAAGUUGCCCACCCCUGAGCUACUGGUUCCAUAUCAAAACUACAGAAAUUAUACUAUUGCAUAUAAACUUUUGCUGUCUGUAACUUUUUUCCUAUUUUCCAGAAUUAUGCUACUUAAUGGCUAUGUUCAGACAAUCGUAUCUUGGUUUAAUAAGCUGAGAUAUGAACAAGUCUUUUGCCCAUGCAUGUAGCCCUUUCGCUCCUCCUUUGCGUUGUGAACAACGAAACCAGAAAGCAUCUAACCAUAAUUUCCUGUUUUGUCCAAACAAGGAAGCUAUGGUUACCAACUUUGAAACAAGCCAGAAUUUUAAACCCACUUCAGACAGGGGUUUAAUAACCUAGAUUUUCUAAUCUUAGUAACUAUAGUUUCCUGGUUUGGAUUAAAUGGAAAAAAUAUGGUUAAUAGGGGUUUCCUGAUUUGAUUGCUUGCAAUGCAGCGCGAGAAGCCAAGAAACUGCUUCAGCAGGCAGAAGGCUUGUUCACAUCUCAGUAUAUUGUCAAAACAUGAUUGUCUGAAGCAGAUCACUAUGUCUUAAUGCUGGCAUUAAGAUCACAAGCCCUUUCCCUCUGCUAGCAAGUGCAGACAUUUUAAACAAAACAUUAAGUUAUUGAUGCAAUUUGAUAUUUUUUCAUAAUUUCUAUUUAAACUGAAGUUGCAUCAUCUUUGCGCUAAUCUCGUAAGAGUUGCCUUAAGCUUCAAGAUUGCUUUUGCUAUCUUUUUCUGUUAUGUUAACCGUAUGUUCAUAAUAAACUUCUGUAUAGUGAAA